CUCCGCCCCUUAGCCCCCGCCCCCAGCUGCCAGUCCCCAGCAGCUCAGUCCUGCAGUGAGAGCCUUGGGAGUCCAUAGCUGAGCACCAGGGGCUGAGAACUGCCCGCUGUGCCUGCCUGCGAGAGUCCGUCAUGGCUCAGGAGAAAAUGGAGCUGGACUUUGAGAUGGACACACCUGAUGGGGGCGCCCUGAGGAGAUCGAGCAGCGCACCCCUGAUCCAUGGGCUCAGUGAUCUUUCACAGGUUUUCCAACCUUACACAUUUAGAACUCGGAGGAAUAGUACGACGAUUAUGAGCCAUCAGACCAUGUUGCUGUCCUCACCUAAUCGGGUUCCUAGUAGCAGACUGCAUCAGAUCAAAAGGGAGGAAGGCAUGGACAUGAUGAACCGAGAAACUGCUCAUGAACGGGAAGUGCAGACAGCAAUGCAGAUAAGCCAGUCCUGGGACGAGAGCCUGAGCCUGAGUGAUAGCGAUUUUGAGAAGCCGGAGAAACUAUACUCUCCUAAAAGGAUUGACUUCACUCCGGUUUCUCCAGCACCGUCACCCACCAGAGGAUUUGGAAAGCAAUGUUUUUCGCCAUCCUUACAAAUGUUUGUGAGCAGCAGUGGGCUGCCACCAAGUCCCGUGCCUAGUCCCAGACGCUUUUCCAGCAGGAGGAGUCAGAGUCCAGUCAAGUGCAUUAGGCCCAGUGUUCUUGGCCCUCUUAAGAGAAAAGGUGAAAUGGAGACAGAAAGCCAGCCCAAGAGGCUCUUCCAAGGCACUACCAAUAUGCUGUCCACGGAGGCCGCACAACUGUCUGAUCUCAGCUCAUGGUGGUGUUAUCAAGGAGAAGAAAUUCCUGCCUUGACCAGAUGUGUGGAGCAUCUACAAAUGAAUGAAUGAUGUUCUUUACACACAAAGCACUGUGUAGAAAAGCGUACAAGGAACUUGACUGCUUGUCUCGGGGGUAUCAUGAGGCCUGGGGGGGCCUUGUGGUGCAGUGUCGUGCUGUAAAGGUGUGUGUCAGAAGGUAGGCUAGCAAAGGGGGCUUCGUGUGUCUGAGCGCCACAUACUGGUUUGAUUGCUGCUUUUUUCUGAUUCCUUUUGUGUCGUUGGAUCUGUUUGCUUUGUCGUGUGGUGAGUGCUGCCGCCCGUUGUGUUCCGGUUCUCCUGCCGCCAGAGUCCGAAUCCAGUUCUCGUUUCUGCUGCCCUCUAGUGAGGGCAGCUGCAGAUCUCCGAGGAAGCUUUUAGGAGCUGGAAAAGUCCAUGUUCCUGUGCAUUCUGCUUUGAAGAAGCCGUUGAGCUGUGAACAGUGUUCAUGGUAGUAAGUCUGAGGUACCAUAAGUUAUUUAAUUUUUAAAAGAGGAAAAUCCUGAUAGAGCUAUUUAAAAAAAAAAAAAACCUGAGUGUAAUCUAUCGUGUUAUUUAUUACUUAAAACUGUUAAAGUGUCUGUUGUGAUACAUUUUUUAAUGUUCAGAAAUCGUGGUUGGAUUGUCUGUGUUUAAUAUGCAGAUUUGCCCGCUAGGAUCAUAAUAUUCCACUUUUUAAAUGAAUGUAGAAAUGGAAACUGCCUUUGUGUCCUUUGAAGGCAAAGAUUCUUGAAUUCUAAGGGCAGGUGCUGCGCUCUGAGGGGACUCACAGAGUAGUGAUAGUGUAGGACUCAAAGGGAAGUCUAUCCUCUUAGAAUUGUAAGAGAGCAUCGCUUAGCUCGUGGUAAGCUGUUCCGUUACAGUAUCAGAUGUGGUGUUUCUUUUAAACUGUAAUAACCACCACGAUGGCCAUAAAUGGCUUUAUUUCUCAUAUUGCUCUCACCUGUGCGACGUCCACAAUCUCUCAGUCCUCACGUACAUGUACAUAUUAUGAAGCUUGUUCCCUGGUGUGCCAUUUGAAAGAGCAAUUACCUCAGUUCCGUGUUUAUUCCACUCAAGAAAGAACCAUGCUAGGAUGUUUCUGCCUAUAUAAUACCGAGAGAUGGUUUUCUCUUACAGGAUAUUCAUCCAGCUUUGCUCUACUGUCUUCUUUGCCUUAAAGGGAUACUCUUGGCCGUAGGUUUGGGGCUCUAAUUUAGGACUCUCAAGAAACAACCUUUGGAAUGUGAUGAUCUUUACUUUUCUUUUUGAAAUCCAGUGAUGGGUUAGAGUUGGGACAGGAAAGUGAAGUUGUUCCAAUACUCUGACAACCAGGAGACCAGAUGGUUCACUUUAUUGUUUAAACCAAGGUUCGUUUUUAUUGUUUAAAUUGACUGGAAAGUUAAGUUUAAGCAGGGAUUGUUUUGGAAUAAAUAAAAGACAGAUGCUGACCUUCAGACGAGCUUUGUUGACAGUACCCCUUUAUUUUUAUAUAAAGUCUAAUAUUUGAAAAGUGGUCAUUGUUAUAAAACAAAAUUCUCUCUUCCUAUUCUAAUAUAUCCUGUUUCAGGCUUCUAUGUGAAAACAAGUCCAAGAGAUGCUACGAUACGAAAAUCCUAUAAACACUCUUUUUGCUUGACUAACUUAUAUAAACCCUGUGUUUCAUGAUAACCGCUUUUUGGAAUAACUUAUAGAAAAUUUUGUGAAAUGCUGACCUUGUGUAUAUCUUAGAAUGCAAAUUUAAUAAAGUGUGUACACAUGCAUAAAAUUCUGUAAAA